GUUGUCGAAUUAUUACUUACUGUAAACAAAAAUGUUGAAACUCCAAUUUUUUCGUGUACAUUUGCCACUACUGAAGUGACAUUGUUUUUGUAUAGGAUGCGAACGAUUAACUAAAGUCUGUGUUCCAAUAAAAUAAAUUAGAAAAGACGUAAAUAUAUCGGUCCCAGUCAAAAUGGGCCAUGAUAUUCGAAGUUACGAUUUGAAAGUAGAACUAGCAAAAUGCUUCAAUGGUCACGGUAUUGUAUAUUUAGCCCAGCAUCUACCAUCGAAACAACAUGUUGCAAUUAAAAAGUUCCUGUUGGAAGAUGUUAAGAAUGAUUUCGGUUUAGUUAUGGAAGAAUCGAAACAUUUACGAGAAUUUAAUCAUCCCAACAUUCUCAGUUAUUACACCGCUUUUGUGCACAAUACAGAUUUGUAUUUCGUCCUACCGUUGAUGUGCUACGGAUCCUGCCGGGAUACAAUGAGUAAUUAUUUUGAAACAGGAUUCCCGGAGAUCAUACUGGCGUGUGUUUUACGAGAUGUUAUUCAGGGGUUGGAGUAUUUACACAGAAAAGGCUACAUACAUCGUUCCAUCAGAGCCAGUCACAUUUUCCUGAAUGAAUCCAGAGCCAUUAUCGGUGGUUUCCGAGUGUGUACCAGCUUCUUGGGUGAGGGUAAACGGGUGAAAAAUAUGCACGAGCUUCCUCCGCACUCCACCAAAAGCCUCAACUGGCUUGCACCAGAGGUACUUGCGCAGAAUCUUUUGGGUUAUACGGAAAAAUCGGACAUCUAUAGUUUAGGAAUUACAGCAUGUGAGCUUGCCAACGGGGUUGAACCCUUCAGCAACUUUCAAACCACAUUGAUGCUAACCGAAAAGAUGCGCGGUUAUCAACCACUCCUGUUGGAUUGCACAACGAUUCCCAGCGAAGAAGUUUUUGCUCAAGCAAUGGAUACCGGCGUUGGAGACAGCAGCUCUUCGCAAACACGGCAGAUAUACGCUUCGAGACAGUUUUCCGACGCAUUACACAAGCUAGCGGAACUCUGUUUGAUUUCUAAUCCGAAUGAAAGACCAAACGCUACGGAAUUGCUCAACCAUCAAGUCUUCAAACAGUGCAAACAUACAAGCAUACGCGAACAGUUUGCUGCAAAUGGGAUAGAGACUGCAGACUUCAACACGAUCGAAGACUUCGAUCUUAAUCUGUCACACGAAUUUGCCGGGAUGUCGAUGGACACUGGCGGAGACAUCUUUGAAUGGGAUUUUGGAGAAUCCUAAUCCUGUCGAUCAUUCCGGGUUCAACACAUUUGCUCAUCUCAAACAACAUGUUCACAAAAUCUCAUACAAAACAGGUCAAGUUAUAAUUUGUUCAUGUUUUAGUCAUUGUUACUCAGUUUUGUCUUCGACAAGGUCAUUUAAUAAAACUGCAAAUUAUUUAAAA